UUGGGUGUAGUUGGUGUUGUUUGGGUGUAAUGUGGGUGUAGUAGGUGGUGUUUGGGUGCAGUGGGUAUAGUUGGUGUUUGGGUGUAGUUGGUGUUGUUUGGGUGUAGUGUGGGAGUAGUUGGUGUUUCGGUGUACUGUGGGUGUAGUUGGUGUUUGAAAAUACCAGCUUGUAGAUGAGGAAUACUGUACACUCGGAAAGGUUCAGAAAAGUGCUGGAGGAAAAAUGAUAACUUGAAAAUACCAACUCAAGAUGCAUAAAAACAAUAAAAUCAACAACGCUGGAUACUGAAAAGUCACCCCCCCCCCCCCCUUCAAAAAAAAAUGCUGGUGGUGGCAGAAGAUCCAGUGACCCCCCCAGGGCACCGCAUUUGUGAACAAAGGCCGCAGCCCUCCUGAAAUGAGGUAAGGGGUUAAUGCUCUGUAUUCUCUGUUUGUGUUAUUUUCCUGAGAGGGGUAAAUUUGGGCUGCAGUCUGAGUAAACUCCGUUCCAAACGCAGUUCUCAGCUCGCGCUGAAGUCGAUCGCUUGUUAAUUACAGAUCAGGAGAGAUUCUCCCGCUGAAGGGGACGCCGCUGGCCGCUGUGUCCGCAUCGCGGCGUGGCGCAUUAUGACAGCGUGUAAUCUCAGAUUAUUCACUGGAAAAGGAAAAGUUCCGUAUUCUGGGCCCCAGUCUUAACCCCUGUGGCACCCCUGCUCCUGGAGCCCUGGUGUUGAGAGGACGAGACUCGAUAAGGACUCAUACAGGUAUCGGACGCCGGAGAGUAUUCAAAGGAGUGGGAGCGGUAUGAAAGAGGAGCCCCUCGGAUCCGGGAUGAACGCGGUGCGAACGUGGAUGCAGGGAGCCGGGGUGCUGGAUGCGAACACGGCCGCUCAGAGCGGAGUGGGUCUUGCCCGCGCGCACUUCGAGAAGCAACCGCCGUCAAAUCUUCGGAAAUCCAACUUCUUCCACUUCGUUUUGGCUCUGUACGACAGACAAGGUCAGCCGGUGGAAAUUGAAAGGACGUCUUUUGUCGGCUUUGUCGAAAAGGAAAAGGAAUCAAAUGGCGAGAAAACGAACAAUGGAAUACACUACAGACUACAGCUUCUCUACAGCAACGGCAUCAGAACAGAACAGGACUUUUAUGUGCGGCUGAUUGACUCCAUGACUAAGCAGGCGAUUAUUUAUGAAGGCCAAGACAAGAACCCGGAGAUGUGUCGCGUGCUGCUGACGCAUGAGAUCAUGUGCAGCCGCUGCUGUGACAAGAAGAGCUGUGGCAAUCGCAACGAGACGCCGUCCGACCCCGUCAUCAUCGACAGGUUCUUCCUGAAAUUCUUCCUGAAAUGCAACCAGAACUGUCUGAAGAACGCGGGAAACCCCCGGGACAUGCGACGCUUCCAGGUGGUGGUUUCCACGACGGUGAGCGUGGAGGGGCACGUCUUGGCCGUGUCCGACAACAUGUUCGUGCACAACAACUCCAAACACGGGCGCCGGGCGCGCCGGCUCGACCCCUCAGAGGGGACGCCAUCUUACCUGGAGCACGCAGCCACACCCUGCAUCAAAGCCAUCAGCCCCAGCGAAGGGUGGACAACAGGGGGCGCCACCGUCAUCAUCAUUGGGGACAACUUCUUCGACGGCCUGCAGGUCAUCUUCGGCACCAUGCUGGUGUGGAGCGAGCUCAUCACCCCCCACGCCAUCCGGGUGCAGACGCCCCCCCGGCACAUCCCCGGGGUGGUGGAGGUCACGCUCUCGUACAAGUCCAAGCAGUUCUGCAAAGGCACGCCCGGCCGCUUCAUCUACACAGCGCUGAACGAGCCCACCAUCGACUACGGCUUCCAGCGGCUACAGAAGGUGAUUCCACGGCAUCCGGGCGACCCAGAGCGCCUGCCAAAGGAAGUGAUUUUGAAGAGGGCGGCAGAUCUUGUAGAAGCUCUGUACGGAAUGCCUCAUAAUAACCAGGAGAUCAUCCUGAAACGAGCGGCGGACAUCGCCGAGGCCCUCUACAACGUCCCGCGGAACCACAACCAGCUGGGCCUGGCCAACAGCUCCGUCCACGGGGGCAUGAUGGGGGUCAACUCCUUCACCGGCCAGCUCGCCGUCAACGUGUCUGAAUCCACGCAGGGAGCCAAUCAGGGUGAGGAACUGCAGGCCACUCCCACUUCACUCGCUCAUCUGACCAAUCAGGGUUUCAGCCGGAACACGAGCAGCGUCUCUCCGCACGGUUAUGUUCCGAGCACCACGCCUCAGCAGAGCAGCUACAGCUCGGUCAGCACCAACAUGAACGGCUACGGCGGCACCGGCAUGUCCACGCUGGGCGGCUCGCCCAACUUCCUCAACGGCUCCGCCGCCAACUCGCCCUACGCCAUCGUGCCCUCCAGCCCCACGAUGGCGUCCUCCACCAGCCUGCCCUCCAACUGCAGCAGCUCGUCGGGCAUCUUCUCCUUCUCUCCCGCCAACAUGGUGUCGGCCGUCAAGCAGAAGAGCGCCUUCGCCCCCGUGGUCCGGCCCCAAACCUCGCCCCCGCCCACCUGCACCAGCGCCAACGGCAACGGGCUGCAAGAUCAGUCUUUUGUGGACUCUAGCAAGUACUCUACAGCCGGCACACUGCAGGGUCUAUCCUUCUCCUAAACAAUUCCUGGAAUGAUAGUUCCGCCGAUGUAGAGGAUUUGUGAAUGAAGACGAGGACACGUUUUGGACUCCCAGUUUUGGACAGAAUGUGACUCUAGAUGAAUUAUGUAAAGUUUAACUCAGGCCCUUUGCUAAGGAAUCACGUUUGAACAGGAAAAAAAAAGAAGAAAAACAUAAAAGAACAAUUUGCAACAUUUUUUUGGUUUUUAAAUUUCUAAACCUCGUAAUCACCUGUUGGAGCUUGUUGGGACACGCAUUCAAACCCUGCUGAUGUAAGGGAGGGGAUAUUUAUUUCUGGAAACGCUCUGCUUGUUUGUCUGUUCGCUUUUUUGAUUUUAGCAAACAAACUAAUGCCUUUUUACAAACUGUAAUAUACACACAAAAAAACACUAUAUAAGGUUUGUGUUGUUUUUAUUUAUGAUGCUGAUCAAAGCAGUGUGUUUGAAGUCUGGAAUGGAAGAACGAUGUAGCUGGUGGUAGAGGAGAGAGUUUUUUGAACAAUCCUAGAGUAGGUCAUACGGGCGGGGCUGUCAGUCAGCUCUACCUGGCAAAUGCUGUCAUAUUUUAAUGAAGAAGUUACUUUUUAUUUAAAUCGUUCUAGAAAUAAUUUCCAGGUUAGAUGGAAAUACCUUUUAUUAAAGAGCCAAUUUCCACAGGUGUUGAUAGGCACAGAGUUCCCUUUGGGUUAUCUCGAGCAUCACACUGUAUGCCAACGGCAUCAGCCAGUAGCCACUGUUAUGUUUGUUCUUCAUUUUCUCGUCCCACUGAAACAAGCCAGAUUCAGGUACCAGAAGCAGGUACCCCACAAUGCAGAGAUCACACCCCUGUGUGUGUGUGUGUGUAUCGCAACACCACAGGACAGAGAUCUAGUACUCAGUGUGUAUCAGGUCCUGAUGAGGCAGAGAUUAUACACUCUGUGUGUAUCACAGCCCCACUAUGCUGUCAUCUCACACUCUCCAUGUGUGUAUGACGUCCCCACAGUGCAGAGGUCUCACACUCUGUGUGUGUGUGUGUGUGUAUCAUGGCUCAUACAGUGCAGAUAUCUCACACUCUCUGUGCAGUAAACUCACAGUCUGUGUGUGUGUGUGUAUCAGGUCCCCAUAAACAGGGACCCCAUAAUGUGGACCUUGUGUCUUAUGAACCCCGUGUGAGGCAGGACAGCUGAAGGUAUAGGGCCUAGAGAAAGUAAAUAGAGCCCUUUAUUUAAAAAAAAAAAAAAAAAACUCUUUGCUGCUACCCAGUGCAGGAAUAUCAAUGGAGAAACAAACAUGCAAUCAAUGUGUUUUUUGCCAUUUUGGACUUUCACUAUACGAAGGAAAGCUUUUAUAUUUGUAGGUCCUUGUGAAGGAAUUCUGUGUGUGUGUGUGUGUGUUUUAUUUUUUGUUUGUUUUGGGGUUUUUUUGGGGGGGGGGUAUUGUUUUUGUAUUGUUUUUUUUUUCUUUCAUAAUGAGACUGUGAUCAUAAGAUUCACCCUUUAUGUUUGAGCUCCUUAUUUUUGCCUUUUAACAAGAUUGAAGGUCGGAGAAAAGAGUGCUGGAACAAAUAGAAGUUUUUUGUUAACUAGGGGACGUUAGUUUAUUAAGCCAGCACUGUACUAACCUGCUUCUCAAAUGUAGUGUCAAAACCCAGCAAACGUCAGUCUAAUCAUUGCAGUUGUUCAAUUUCUAUCAAUGUUUUGUAUAUAGAAAAACCUAUGUUAGUUUUUGUAAUUAGGCUUUUUUUGUUGCCAAAGUCAUUCUUUUAAAAUAUAUUUAUACAUUAAAAUGUCUUAAGGCAGCUUAACAGUAGUGUCUUUGAUGUUAUGUUUACCACAUGCUCAAGAUCCCACCAACAUUAGCUUGCAAACGCACCAAUGGAAAAAUAAAAGGAUUUUGAAAAUGCGAGGGGAUUUCUGUAAAUUAUCCAUAUAAAUAAUGUAUUUAUCUCCAGAUUGUGUACAUUGCUUCCCUCCCCUAGUUUAAUUUUAUUGUGUAUGUUCGCUAUGUGAUGAAGUGCCGACCUGUUUAGUUUCCUCAUCCACUGCUGUUCUUGCUGUUUAAAUGUGAUUUUGAUAUUUUUCAUUUGUAUUGUUUUUUUGUUUUUUUGUAUUGUUUUAAAGCCAUGCUUCCAUUUUUUAAAAUGACCAUCCAUGAAAAUCCAUCGUCUAUUUUUGUAUUAUUUGUAAGUUAAUGAAAAGGUUUUUUUUGUUUGUUUGUUUGUUUGGAUUUUGGAAUUUUUUUCUAAAUGUAUGACAAAAAGUAGCAUCUUAUUCUGAUAGUAUUUAGUUAUGUAGAUUUAAAAAAAAUAUAUGAAUAUAUAAAUAUAUAUCUUUUGUUUCACUCUUUGAGGCUUACAGAAACUGAUACUGUUUUUAAUAAUAAUAUGCAUGGGUUCUUUUCCUCUAAGAGUGAUGGUUGCAUUUUGUGCAUUGUACCUAGGAAGACAGGAGGGAAAUAAUAUGAACAUACUUUCUUUCCUUUUUUUGGUUCUUUUGUUCCUUCUUUUCUUGUUUUUUAUUUAAACUUCCUUUAUUCAUGCUUGCUUUUGUACCUGUAUCCUCUCUCUGAUUUUCUCACUGAAAUCUGAACCAGCAGUUUAGAUGCCUUAACAAUGCAAGCCUCCGCCCAUCGCCUCACCUGUAUAUUGUACAACCACGCUGCCAUCCUUUGUCGCCACAGAAAACAUUUUUUUAAGGAGGGAAAAAAAGCACAAAAUGAACUGUUUUUUUCUUCUGUUUGU